AUGGCUAAUGUAAAGCUGCUUUACCAUUACCUCGUAGCCCACUUUUUCAAGCUCUGCUUGCUCCCUUUAAUGGCACUGGUAGCCACUAAAGCAUCAAACCUCAACCAAGAAGAUUUCCUGAUUCUUUGGUUCCAUCUUGAACACAACCUCCUAACCCUUGCCAUUCUCUCUGUGGUUCUCGCUUUCGUGUCAGCCGUCUACUUGUUUACCCGACCUAAACCGGUUUACCUCGUUGACUACUCAUGCCAUCUACCUCCUCCGCAUCAAAAGGUUACAGCACCAAUGAUUAUAGAUUGUAUCAACAAGAAUCUUGAAGCGGAUCCGUCUUUAAAAUCAACCUAUGAUGAGUCGUCAGUGGACUUCUUUUUAAAGAUUCUAGAACGUUCCGGUCUUGGGGACGAGACUUACAUCCCAGAGGACCUUCUCACUGUCCCACCUCGUCAGACCAUGGCCGCUUCACGUAAGGAGACAGAACAAGUCAUCUUCGACGCCAUCGACAAUCUCAUGGCCAACACCAAAGUCAACCCACGUGAUAUCGGUAUAGUCAUCGUGAACUCGAGCACUUUUAACCCGACUCCUUCACUCUCAGCGAUGGUGGUGAACAAGUACAAGCUUAGAAGCAACAUUAAAAGCUUCAAUCUUGGCGGAAUGGGUUGCAGCGCAGGUGUUAUAGCCAUCGAUCUUGCUAAGGACAUGUUACAACUUCAUAGGAACACUUAUGCUCUUGUGGUGAGCACAGAGAAUAUGAGCCGCAACAUGUACAUUGGUGCUAACAAAUCUAUGCUUCUCUCCAACUGCUUGUUUCGUGUCGGAGGAGCCGCCAUAUUGCUCUCUAACAAGUCAGGAGACCGAAGACGUUCCAAGUACAAGCUGGUUCACACAGUUCGGACACACACCGGAGCAGAUGACAAGUCUUUUAAAUGUGUGGUGCAAGAAGAUGAUGAGAAGGGCAAAACGGGAGUCUCGUUGUCAAAAGAUAUAACGUCCGUUGCUGCGAGAACCAUUACAAAAAAUAUCGCCACUUUGGGUCCGUUGGUUCUUCCCGUGAGCGAAAAGCUUCUCUUUCUCAUGACUUACAUGCGCAAGAAAUUCUUGGACGACAAGAUUAAGCAUUAUGUCCCGGAUUUCAAGCGUGCCAUUGAUCAUUUCUGUAUCCACCCGGGUGGAAGAGCUCUAAUCGAUGAGCUGGAGAAAAUGUUGGAGCUAUCGCCGAUAGACGUGGAGCCGUCGAGAUCAACUUUGCACAGGUUUGGUAACACUUCUUCGAGCUCUAUUUGGUAUGAGUUGGCUUAUACGGAGGCCAAAGGUAGGAUGAAGAAAGGAAACAAAGCUUGGCAGAUUGCUUUAGGGUCUGGGUUUAAGUGUAACAGUGCAGUUUGGGUGGCUCUACGCAAUGUUGAGCCUUCCGUUAAUAGCCCUUGGGAACACUGCAUUGCCAAAUACCCUGUUAAGCUUGAUCUUUGA